AUGGAGGUCUACAUCCGUUUCAAUGACGAUUGUGAGAGCGAUUACACUUUCCAGGUAGAAAAGGGGGACACUCUUAAGACCAAAAUCCUGAGAAUAUUUGACGAAAAUGAAGGGCUAUCCAGGUUCAUGGUGUUGAAGCCGUCCAUCUUCUACAAGGAUACACCUGUGGGACUGUACAAGUCGAUGCACCCUGGGUUUUUGACCGAAAACGGGUGUCUCAUUUUCCAUUACGACGCGGACAAAAAAGAGUAUUUGAAGGAACUGGACGUGAAAAACGAAAUCAUGGAUCAAUUGUGGCCCGGCCAAUUGGUGCUCCCCAAAUGGGAACUGAACAUGACCGCGAUCCUCACAUAUGCCCUCAUUAUGCUGGCGUGGCUUUACACCGAUUUGCCAGACGCGAUAUCGCCGACUCCCGGAAUAUGCCUGACAAAUCAGGUCUCCAAGCGGCUCUUGAAAGUGGCAGACUCCCUAGGGUACCACGCAAUUGCGGCGAAGCUGAACGAAGAGAUCCAGGUGAACUCUGCCGGUCUCAUCGCGCAGUGGCUUUUCUUCACGCUGCAUAUUCUAAAGGUCACGGUCAUCACGCUCGUUUUCUACACGGGUCUCGCGAAUCCGGUCGCGCUGAACCCAUGGAAAUUUUACCGGACCCGGAAAGUCGUGGUCGACAAGGACAGCAACCAGUUGAAAGACACUUUGCGCAAGAUCGGGUGGGUCGGCGCCAAGAAGGCCACCUACGACGACUACCGUGACACUUACUACAACUACGAAAUCGAAAAGGCGGGCGGACUUGUUCCGGCCUACAAGAGCGGCGCCAUGCAAGCGGCCGCGAACCCAGGACUUGCACUGCUUCCAGGCGAAGGCUUCCAGACUCCGCUAGACGCCCGCUUCACGGGAUCCACUUUCAAGACAAUGGAGGAGUCGCGCAAGUUCGUGUUAAGUGAGGAGUAUUUUGUUCAACUGGAGAAAGACCUGAAGGCCAACAUUGGCAAAUGCGACGGUGAGGUGCCCAAGAUCAACUCCGAGAUCCGCCGUUUCAGAAGAUACGGUCUGUUCGAAUGCGGGCCCGAGCUGGCCAAACUUGUGGCACUCAGAAAGGAAGUUGCACCUGAACCACCUUCUGCCUCCGCGGCCGAUGCGAAGGAGAAGAAGGCACAGUGA